AUCAAAAACUCAAAAAAAGAAAGAAAAACAUUUAUAUAACAAAAAAAGAAAAGAAAAAAGAAAAAAACCAAAAUGGCUAAUAAAAACGUACUAGCAUUAUGUCUGAUGUUUAUAUUAGUAUCAAGUGUGAUCUACGAGGCGCAAGGAACGUUCUUGUUAAAGAUGUACUUGAGGAGGAAGUUUUUCAAAAAGGCAAUGCAGUUUACACCUUUCGCAUGCAAAGGUAUGACAUUUUUGUUGAACAGACUUAAAGGUGGAUGUCCCGCGACUAAGGGGUUCAAGACUUUCUUUUCACUGUUCAUAUCUUACGUGAACUUUAUCAAAACGGCAACGGUUUCGAAAACCACCGAUUCUCAGCUAACAACAAAAGCCGACGGCCUCGCCAAUGCUGUAUCUGUAUUGACUGGUGCUAGAAAAGACGUGAGUAAAGAUUUCAGAGAGACCAUACUGUCAAUGGGAAAGACUUUGAUUGAGCAGAAGAAAGCUGGUACGCAGCCUGUAACAUAUAAGCAAAGGAAAGUGUUGAUCGUGGCUUUGGUCCAAUGGACUAAAACAGUCGUUACAGUUGUGAAAACGGCCGUGGAGACAGCAGGAAAGACGAUUGAUACAUCGAAUCUCGGGCUUGACGUUGAUGUUAAUGAUGUUAUUGGAGGUGAAAAAGAUGAUGACAGCCCAACACCCACAACACCCACAACACCCACAACACCCACAACACCCGCAACACCCACAACACCCUCAACACCCACAACACCCACAACACCUACACCCAGUACACCCACUACACCUACACCCACAACACCCACUACACCUACACCCAGUACACCCACAACACCCACUACACCUACACCCAGUACACCGAGAACAUCCACUACACCUACACCCAAUACACCCACAACACCUACACCCAGUACACCCACCACACCCACUACACCUACACCCAGUACACCCACCUCACCCACUACACGUACACCUACUACACCGAGUACACCCACUACACCCACUGGAACUACUACCAACAAUGCUGCUACCAACACCAACAGUCAAACCUCACAAAGUACCACAUCAACCGCAUCAGCCAAACAAGUUGAGACUCAAACAUCCCAAGAAGUAAUGUCCUUCAUCUCUGACCUAGAGAAGAAGUAUGCAUCAAAGACAGAACUCAACACCUUCUUUGAGACACUCAAGUCUACCAUGACUGCUACUUCAAAGAUCGCUAGCACAGACGAAAAAACAUUUGUUUCUGGUGUUAAAGCUGCUGCUGGGACACUAUCUGAAGCGGCAGAGACUGUUACUGAAAAGUUAGGCACAUCAGCUGAGUCCAAGCAAAAAAUAGAAUCUUCCCAACAACAGUUGAUGAAGACAUUCAAAGAACUAGAAGAUGUUAAAACGAAAAUAGUGAGUGAGAGUAAAGGCAAGACAGUGUCCUCCACACAACAGACAGAGCUUAAGCAGACGCUCACUAAAUGGGAACAAGUCACCACCCAGUUUGUGGAGACUGCUGCUUCUUCUAGUUCAUCUUCAUCUUCCACUCAGUCUCAGCAGAUUCAGCAGUCCCAUCAGUCUCAACAGUCUCAGCAGUCACAGAAGACACAGCAGACACAGCAGACACAGCAGAUACAACAAGGCAGUAUCUUGAGGGCUCAGACUCAGACUUGAGCUACACUAAUGGCAACAAAUCAUCAAGAAAGACAAAACUAGUACCGCCAAAUUUGAUAAUUAGUAGCUAAGUAGAUGUUUUAUUUUUUGUUUCAAUAAAACUAAGAUCGGUAUAGGCCAGGAACGUGUACCUGUAGACCGACGUAUGCAAAUAAUAACUUUGUAAGCAAUAAUGCUAUAGACUGUAUGCUCUCUUUCUAUGUUUUACAUAGAGAAGUAAGCAAGACCCAUUAAAGGGAUUUUGAAUCAUUUUCUUCUUGUUCCUACAUCAA